AUGGACGUCUCCUCUCCCUAUUUCAGCUACGGCGACUGCGCUCGGUACCCCUGGAACGCCAGCAGCUCCGACUCCGAGUUCUACAGCCAGUCCUCUCCGGACGCCCCCUCCCCGGCCUGCUCCGCGGACCUCAGCCUGUCGCCGUCCCCCCAAGCCUGGGGUCCCGGGCCGGGCGCUCGGUCCACGCCCCAGGGGGCCCCUCGGCCCUCCGUCUCCCCGUCGUCGGGCGAGGAGGGCGCCCCCGCCGGCGGGGGCAAGAGGAGGGGGCGCAGGGCGAAGAACCCCAGCAAGCAGCGGCAGAGCGCCAGCGAGAAGGAGAAGCUGAGGAUGAGGGACCUGACCAAGGCCCUGCACCACCUGCGCACCUUCCUCCCCCCCUCCGUGGCCCCCGCGGGCCAGACGCUCACCAAGAUCGAGACCCUGCGCCUGGCCAUCCGCUACAUCGCCCACCUGUCCGACCAGCUGGGGCUCGGGGAGCAGGCCCCGUCCCGCAGGGGCGACCCCUCCGCCUGUGGGGGCCGAACCGAGGACCCGGCGGGGUUCUGCCAGCGCGGCUCCGCCCCGGGAUUUUGGGGGCACCCCGAGCAGGGGCAGGGACGGGGACAGGGCGCGGGAGGGUAUCAGCGCACCCCCAUGCCCGCGUGCCCCGCGCAGAACCCCGGAGCGCAACGUAGCCGAUUUGCCGCCGCGCUGGAGGUGUCUCUUCAGGAUGAGCUCCUAAACUCCAGCCUGGACUCUCUACUGCAGUCACCAUCGUGCACAGAGACGGCACCGUCCUAUCAGAUGUACAGCAGGGACCUGUCCUCUCAGAUCAUCCCUCAAGAGUUCUGGGUUUGAGAAGAUUCCUUCACCAUGAAAAGACCCUCAUCUGUUUUAUGUUCUCAGACUCUCAUAUCUAUUUGUACAGUAUUUAAAUACAACUGAAACAGCUUAUGACGCAAUUUAAUUUAAUUUAUUUAAACUCAAAAUAAUAUAUUUUUAUGCUAAUGUUAUGAUGUAAAUACUGAAAAUUGUAUGUGUACUAUUUAUAAUAAAAAUGUCUUUUUUUAAA